CCAGAAGUUUUCAAGAGCUACUAGAUUUGCCUAAUGAACCCAAAUAAGCGGUGUUAUUGUGUUAACCUCAAUCAGAGUAAUUUAUGGGGGAAAGGAUCUUCGACUUCGAGGACCGAAUAAAAAUCUCUUUUUUCUGGCUAUCCAUACGCCCCCAUUUUUCUCUCUUACCUUUGAAGAGAGAACAACAAUGGCGCUAAGUUCGUUUUCUAUAAUCCCUUCUUCAUCUUCUUUCCCUUCCAUUUCCAACCUCGAUUCCCCUUCUACUUCCUCUCCCACUAGAAUCAGGGCCAUCGAUUCUUCUAGACGAUGCCUUAAAUUCAUUAGGCCACUUCAAGUCUCUUCACUCUUUACUUCUCUGCCUUUUUCCUCGAUUGUUGGAACUUCUUCUUCUUCCAAACAAAUUGUAGAAAAUGAGUCUGCGGAUAAGUUCUUGCAAAACGCUUCCAUGGCGGAUUUCCUGAGAUUCAAGCGAGGAAUCGACGGAGGGAGUGGAGAGUUGCAGACGGCUAUAGUGAGCUACCGGAAGAAGUUCCCGUGGUCCCUUUUGUACCCUUUUCUUCAGGUUGAUUUAGUCUCAACAAUUCACAUCGCAGAUAAAGAGUAUUUUCUAGCCCUCCAGAAAGUACUUCAAUCCUAUGAUUGUGUACUUUAUGAAAUGGUAGCUAGCAGGGAAAGUAUAGAAAGUAGAAGCAACACUAUCCCUAAAACAAGGGUGAGAGGCUCUGGCACUAAGGGAUUUAACAUCUUGGGAUGCAUCCAACGAUGGAUGGCUCGAAUUCUCAUGCUUGAUUUCCAAUUAGACUCUCUCAGUUACCAGUCUGCAAAUUGGUACCAUGCAGAUCUCGACUAUGAAACCUUCAAAUUGCUUCAGCUUGAAAAAGGUGAAAGCUUCUUUUCUUUUGCAAGAGACAUGACUCUUCGAUCCACGAAAGCAAUGUUGCAGCCAGCUUCUUCUGUUCCAGAAGAUCUUGGCCCAUGGAGGUCCAAGCUUUUAUGGGCUUCUCGUGUACUUCCUAUGCCACUUGUGGGCCUAGUCAUCAUUGGAAGCGUCUGUGCAGAUGCUGAAAGUCAAGCAUCAGCAUAUCCUGAAAUAGAAGCAUUGUCAAGGCUUGAUUUUGGUGCUGCCAUCAAGGUCUUCCUUGCAAAGAGACUAACAACUGAGUUAACAGAGGUGACAGCAGAUGUAGAGGAGAAAUCUGUUAUAAUUGGUGAGAGGAAUAAAGCUGCAGUAGACUCUUUGAGAAAGGCAAUCCAAGAGGGACACAAUAAGAUUGCCAUACUUUAUGGGGGUGGUCACAUGCCUGAUCUUGGGAGGAGAUUACGGGAGCAAUAUGACCUCGAGCCGUGUCGUGUGCAGUGGGUUACGGCAUGGUCCAUUAAGAAAAGGAACCUAAAUACGAGUUCGUUUCCGUUUCUCAGGACAAUGGCUCAAGUCUCAGGCUGGCCGUGGAACCGAUAUCAGACUUUGGCAUGGCUCAUCUUUUCAUCAGUCUUGGCAUUGGAUCUCUUGUUCUGGGAACUCUUCUUUCGUACUUCUGUUGAUUGGGUCUCACAGAUUGGCACAGAACUUGUUGAGUAUCUUGGGUAAUGCUUAUAUAUUGUUGAUAAUGAUACGAUUAUUCAACUAAAAAUGUUCAUAGUAAUUCGCAAGAACAAAUCUUGUGCCCUUCCAGUGUAAAUAUUGAAAAUUUUUCAUUAACAAAGUUGAAUAGUCCAUUGAAUAUUAUUCA